AGUUGAAUCAACCGAGUUAUGAUUCACCCCAAACCCUUCUCUUUCUCUCUCUUUGUUUGCUCAACCCAACUCUUCCGAUUCCAACUUUUUUUCUGUCAUGCUCAAAGGGAAGAAACUCAAGCUUCCGGAGAAGGCCCGGAAAGCCUUCCCGGAUCGACUGGGAAGCCUCGUCGUCGGUUUCGAUGAUAAAGAAGAAGAGGGUGACGGGCUUGGUGGUGUGUAUGCAUCGGUGAUCGAUUCAGGGGAGGAGCUGGAGACGUUUAUUCCCAAUGAUGGGUCGAUCGGGUCCAUUAAAGAGAACCCGGUUGAUUCCGUUGAGGGUUUGAAUGACAAGGGUGUCAAUGAGGCGUCGGAUAUUGAGUUCAGAGUAAAAUCCAGGAGAGAACAGGCGAGUUCAGUUUCGAUUUUGAAAGCCAUUGCCGCCGAUGAGAAAAGGUCUAAUCUUGAGUAUGAGCUUUCCUUGCCACAAAUCAAUUUGGAAAAGUUGCAAAGAGUUGCAAGCACAGGGCUCCCGGAUGGAGGAAGUUUGCGAUCAACGACAUGGAAGCUACUAUUGAGUUAUUUGCCACCUUGUCGUGAUUUGUGGGAAAAAGAGCUGAAAGAAAACAGAGCCAAAUAUGCUAAGCUUAAAGAGGAGCUUCUCUUAAGUCCUUCCGAAUUCACAAGGAUAAAAGGUGGAGAUUCGAAAAGUCCUCAAGGCCAGCCUGCUGAAAUUGGUGUUGAUGGACCUCUUAAACGACAUGAAAUAUCCCAUGAAGAUCACCCUUUAAGUCUUGGGAAAUCUAGUGCUUGGAAUCAGUACUUCGAGCAUACAGAAAUUACUGAGCAAAUAGAUCGUGAUCUGCAACGCACACAUCCCAACUUGAAAUUCUUUUCUGGGGACUCACCAUCCAGUAAGAAGAAAAGGGAAGCAAUGAGAAAUAUUCUCCUCGUAUUUGCGAAACUAAAUCCAGCAAUCCGCUAUGUACAAGGCAUGAAUGAGGUCUUGGCACCAAUAUUCUAUGUGUUUAGUACUGACACGGAUGAGGAAAAUGCUGGAAAUGCAGAAGCAGAUAGUUUUUGCUGUUUUGUUAGAGUCUUAAGUGAUUCAGUGGAUCACUUCUGUCAACAGCUAGAUAAUAGUUCAGUCGGAAUACUUUCUACUCUUUCUCGCUUGUCAGAGUUGUUAAAAGCCAAUGAUGAGGAGCUUUGGAGGCAUCUUGAAUUCACCACAAAGGUGAAACCUCAGUUCUACGCAUUCAGGUGGAUCACAUUGCUACUUACUCAGGAGUUCAGCUUUCAUUCCAUCAUGAGAAUAUGGGAUACUAUAUUGAGUAACCCUUUUGGUGUUCAGGACAUGCUUCUAAGAGUGUGCUGUGCGAUGUUGUUAUGCAUAAAGAGCAGACUAUUAAAAGGUGACUUUAUAGCCAACUUAAAGUUGUUACAACACUAUCCAGACAUUGACAUUGAACACCUUCUUCAGCAAAGGGCGACAAUUCAGACAAAAACAGUGCAAAUAAUGCGGUGGAUCAAAGACGCGUUAAUAAUUUCUAGAAACUGAAAACAACUUCUCUUUUUAUCCAUAGAAAAGGACUGCGCAGACUAAUUAGAUAGUAUUUAUUAUUCCCCACUUUUCUUAUUAUGAAGUGUUGAUUUUAAAUUAUAGUUUAACUAUAAGCUAAUUAGUUGAUCAAGAUAACCAGGACAAUUUUUUAGUUUCUUGUAAUGUGGUCUUCUAGGUAGGAAUGUCAAGAUUGACGCUCACAUUAUCCAUUGAACAAUAAUUCUAUUUUAUUCUGUAACCGCUUAAAUAUAAGAUUACAGCUUGAAAAAAAAAAAAACAGAAAUCAAUUUCUUAACAUUUGGUUA